AUGGGUUGUUUACUAAGUGUAUUUUCUUGUUAAUAACUAGAUAAAAAAAGAAUGGCAUUACUUUAAAAGUUAUUCUUAAUAUUAUUUUAAAAGCGCUGAUGAAAUUGAUGAUAUUAAAGAAAAAAUUACAAGUUAUAGUAUUUAAAAUUAGUACAUUAAUUAAGAAAAAAUUAUUGUUGAGAAACCUCAUAAAGAUUUUACAAAAGUAAUGAAUCAUUUAGAAACUAAAGAUAAAAUUUUUGAGUAAAAAUGUACAAUAAAAGAUAUAUUUAACUUAAAAUUAAAAAGAUAAGGAGUAUUACAUAAUGAAAUCAAUAAAUAAGUAAUAUUUAGAGUACUCAGGAAUGCAAAAAUAAUUUUAAAAUGAGAUUUAAUUUGGAAAGGAAUGUAAAGGGAAAUUUAUUUAAAAAUACCAUUAACAUUUUAUGACCAUUAAAAAAUGUUAUAUAAUAUUAGAAAAUGUAUAAGGUGGUAAUUUGUAGUCUUUAAUGAAAAGAAAAGAAAUGAGUGAAGUUGAAAUUAGAUUUUAUAUCGCAGAAAUAUUGAUUGCUUUAUAGAAUAUUCAUAAAUAUAAUGUUAUUUAUAGAAAUUUAACACCUGAUAAUGUAUUGAUUGAUAAUUAAGGUCAUAUAAAAUUAAGUGAUUUUUCAAUAUGUCAUUUUGGUACAGAAUGUAAUUGUCUUAAUGGGAAUAUAUAUUACUAAGCACCAGAAAUCAAUUUAAUAAAAUAUUAAAACUAAUUAUCAGAUUAUUGGAGUUUAGGAGCAUUAAUGUAUGAAAUGUAUGUUGGAUAUCCUCCUUAUUUUCAUCCAAAUAUAAAUACUUAUAAGAAAAAUAAAAGAGAUUAAAAGCUUGUUAUUCCAAACUCAAUUUCAGAGUCUGCUUAACAAUUGCUAAGACAACUAUUAGAUAAUGAUGUAUAUAAAUAAUAAUGAUAAAAGAUUUAAGUAAGAAUAUAGAAUGAAUCUAUAAAAAAAGUGCAAUAUCAUGUAUUUUUUGAGGGAUUGGAUUGGGAAUUAAUUAAGAAAAAAUAUAUACAAAGUCCAUUUAUUCCAGAACUUAGAUCUAAAUCAGACAUUAAUUAUUAUUUGCAAGAAGAGAAAUAAAAAUAAAUAGAAGAGUAGUAAUAAAUAUAAUGA